CUUCUCCGCCUCGUUUUUACUACUGUAUGGCUUACAAUCGCGAGUGGGAUAAGGGAAAGGACGACUGGGGCGGCGAUAGUUCUUCAUGGUCAGGCGGAGGUGGAGGAGAUAGAUUUUACUCGAGGGGCAGGGAGGACGACUACUACGGCGAAGGCAAACGUAGAAAGUACAACAAUGGCGGCUAUGAUGCCGGAUAUUCAUACGGCGAUGGCUCGUACGACCCCAAUUGGGGACAGGGCCAAGCCAACCAAGGCGACCAUUCUCAGGACUACGGUCAUGACGAACGUCCAGGCAAGCCCUUUGGCGGAAAGAAACGGCUUGUCCCCAGUGAACCCAGUCCCCAUGUCAUCUUCCUUGGCCUUGACCCCGACUUCUCCGAAGCAGACCUCCAAGCAUACCUUGUAAACAAUGCAUGCAAUAUCGAAACCGUGACCAUCAUUCGUGAACGAUCAACAGGCACUUGCCCAUUCACAUUCUCUUCUUGCGCUCGCAUUGACGGCUUCGGCUUUGCUCAGUUCGCCAGCGUAGAGCACGCCCGCGCGUUCGUCGAUCCUCUGUUUCCUUUCAUCCAGAUACCUCCACCCGCCUCUCAUGGUGCCUCCGCUACCGCUGCCUUCUACAAGGCGCUCGAGACUGGCACUCCUCACAAUGGCCGGAGAGUGAAGAUUGAUUACUCUCAGAGUGCACUUCCACAUGAUAAGAGUCGAACCCGGCAGAACAUGAACGACGGCACGCGCGACAUUGGAAACUCGCCGGCACCUGUCCUACUCUUCCGAGGCCUUGAUCCUCUGUCGGGACCACAAGCUAUCGCGCAGGCCAUGAUCAGUUCGGCUGGUCCCGGGAAUCAAGGUUCUAAGGGCAUGAAACGCAUCGUCCUCAUCAAAGAUAAAGUGACAUUGGCCAGCUUUGGGUUUGCAUUCGUCGAGUUCAUUGAUGCACAGUCUGCAUCCGGGGUCUUGGCUAACACGAUGUCGGCCACCAUUCACCCCCAAGGCUUUCGUAUUUCCGAUAAGCCUGUAGCAGCGUCUUUUGCCCAUCCCUAUUCUUUCCAACCAGUUACUGACUACAUGCUUCGCGACGACACUUCUAUCACCUCUUCAAUGAGUUUGGGUGGUGUGGAAAAUACUUUUGUCAAGUACUGGGAUGAGACGGCUACCGUAGCUGUUCUCGAGUUUAAGGUCGACGAACCAGUGAGUAAGGAUUCACAACAGGCCACGUCGACAAAAGAGAAGAAGGAAAAGAAAAAGAAAGAUGAUAGCUCGAACAAGCUCCCUCAAGCCUCCGUUCUGCCAGUAUCCGAUAAACCUGUCACUCUUAGCUUUGGCAAGGGAUUAUCAGUUACUUCAAAGCCUGCGGGCCCCACAGGCCCUACGAAAGCUCCAGCGCUAGGAUUUUCUGCAGAAGACUUUGAAGGAAGUGAUGCGGACAAAUCAGAAGAGUACGCAUCAGGCAAGGACGAUGCCAAAUCUACAGCGGCCAAGAGAGUUGGCCCUAUGAUAGCGAGCAAAAAGACCGUGAACAACAUCCAGAAGUGGAAUCAAGUAAAGGAAGAAUUGAAGGAAGAUAUAGGUGCUCGCCCUGCUCCGGCGACUGUUCCUACCACUGCUCCUACCACUGCUCCUACCGCUGCUCCUGCCGCACCCUUAGUGACCAAGUCUCCACUCCCACAGGAAGACUUGGAGUUCGCGGACAUUGGCGCUCUUAUGUGUCUCCUGUGUUCGAGGCAAUUCAAAACAACGGAACAGCUGAAGCGACACGACAAGGAAUCAGAUCUUCACAAGAAGAAUCUGCGUGAUUCGAAUCUGCGUGAGGUUGCUCAUCAGAAGCUGGCUCAGAGGCGGACAGAGUCAUCCUCGAAGGGGGAUGCAGAGGGGCCGAGGUAUCGAGACCGCGCGCAAGAGCGCCGAGUUAUGCAUCAUCAGCCCGAUGUCCCGUUACCAGAGCCCUCCGUGGCAUCAGCGUCGAAGAGAAAAAGACACGCGGAAGGGCCCCCGCCGCCACCCUCGCCACCGCCUCCGCCUACUAAUCCAGGGGAGGACGAGAGCAACGUGGGUAACAAACUGCUCAAGAUGAUGGGAUGGACGGAAGGAUCCGGGUUAGGUACCGAAGGAGACGGCAGAGUCGAUCCCAUCCAAACCGCCAUGUAUGCCCAAGGUGUUGGACUAGGUGCCAGCAAGGGGAAGGACGUAGGUAAAUAUGCGGAUGGAUAUGCCGGUUACGUGCAUAUGGCUCAGGAUGCGGCCCGAGAGCGUUACGGCAAUUAGCGAGACAUCUCGCGAUCGAUGUCUUUCAUAUUAUUCUUGUUUUACAGUAAUCCUGCUCUGUAGUUCUCUUUGAAAUUGAUUGAUCACUUGAUAUAUUGUUACAAUGGAUUUGACCCACUGAAUCAUUCUCGCAUGAUUAGUGUAACACUCUGUUAAGCAGUAGCAACGAUAGAUACAGACUGGCGCAUCUAUACAAA